CCCUUUUACAAUUUACUCACACGGUUGUAAUACUGGAGAGAACGCUUCUGGAAUCGCAUCCCAGAAAGACGAGACUCUGAAUUGAAGGAAGUUGUCAAUUUGACGUACUAGUUAUAUAUACAGGAGCAACACGGAGCAGUCAGUUUGAACUUCCCGAGACAGAUCUAGAAUUACACUCUACAGUAACCGUGGACAUGUCUUGGGUGGUGAUGACCGGUUUUCUUGUCCCCCUUGUCCUGGGAUGCUGCCUGGUAUCUGCUGAAGAUCGAGACAGGAUCAAUGAAACCCGGGCAGAUAAAGAGAGGAUCUUCUAUUUAUCAGCGAUUUUUGAAAAAUAUUCUAACAAUGGCGAGAUAUCGCUGGCCAAUGUCAAGAAACUUAUGGUCAAUCUAGGCCUCCCUCCCGCCACGGAUAAAAUGGCCUUUGACAUCGAGGGUGAAGAGAAAGAAAAUGAUACUCACUGCCACGACAUCGGGAUGGGAUGUAAAUUACUCCCCUCUGACCCCGAAUCCUCCAAUAAGAUGCUGACCAAGCGAUCCUUGUCUGCUGACCAUGGACACUUCCACCACAAUAAGUGUUUGAGCACCGUGGAAUUGCUGAAGAUCUACCAUUUCCAAGCAAAAAAGACAAUUGGCAAAGAGGAAUUCAUGAACUUGUGCCCCAGUCUCAUAGUGCUUCUGGACCAGGAAGAAUGCAAGAAAAAUACGACGGUGUCCACCGACCACGAGGAAAUGGUGAAAGAAGACCACAGGAGUCUGGGUUCUAUUCCAGUAAACGUGUGGGGAUACAGUUCUCUUGCAAUCUUCAUCAUUAGUUUAGUUGGGCUACUUGGAGUGGCGGUCAUUCCCAUCAUGCAACGUGUGUUUUACAACCACUUGUUACAGUUCCUCGUGGCUUUGGCGGUAGGCGCACUUUCUGGUGACGCAUUGCUUCAUCUUAUCCCGCAUGCACUGGCCAGUGAGGACAAUCACGCCCACGAUAGUCCAACUCCAGAUGGAAAACCGACAGAAGAACAGAAAAAUGUAUUUAAAGGUCUGACGGCACUCAUCGGUAUCUUCAUCUUUUUCUUCAUCGAAAGGGUGAUGACCAUCGUAACAAACAUCAAGAGAAAACGGAGAGAGGCAGAGCACUACAGGCACCAGUUAGAACUUGCGGCCAAACUCGGGGAAGACGAGAUAGAACAGAUCAAAAGGGCUCACGAACUCGCUCAUGUCUAUAAUCACGAUCACGACUGCGAAUCACUAAACUGGGGAAUACAUCCAGGAAAUAGAGCAUUGGAACAUUAUGCCGAGGAAGCAACCAGGGAACUCCAUGAGGACGAACUCUUGAUGAAGAAGAUUGAAGAAAAGAAGAAACUAGAACGCAAAGAGUCAAAAUCUAAACAAAACCGGAAGCUCAGCCGCUCCCACAGCCAUUCACAUUCACAUGACGGCGGUGUUCCUAAGGAUGUGGCUGCCGUGGCGUGGAUGGUUAUCCUUGGAGACGGAAUUCAUAACUUUUGUGACGGACUGGCCAUCGGUUCAGCUUUUGCAUCCUCCAUCACCGGGGGUGUCAGUACCACAAUCGCUGUCUUCUGCCACGAACUGCCCCACGAAAUCGGCGACUUUGCUGUUCUGUUGAAGGCGGGAAUGAAGCCUAAGCAGGCGAUCGUGUAUAACGUGGUGUCGUCAGUGUUGGCGUUCUGCGGGAUGCUGGUCGGCGUCUUGAUUGGCAACAUUGAGUCAGCCAGUCUCUGGAUCUUCACCGUUGUCGGCGGAAUGUUCCUUUAUGUGGCUCUGGUUGAUAUGUUGCCCGAAAUGAUGGCGGUUGAUGCUAAGAAUAACGAGAAUCCAUUUUUCCAUUUGCUGUUCCAAGCCUGUGGAAUGUCCCUCGGAAUCGGAAUCAUGCUCCUUAUAGCGCUUUAUGAAGAAAACAUGAAAACGAUGAUGGAAUCCUAGAAAUUAAUAUAUGAAGACACAAUGAAAACCUCGACAGAAGAGAAGCGAGGAGGUUUAGAACUUUAUUGAUUGCAGUUUAAGGAGGUUUAGAACUUUAUUGAUUACAGUUUAAGGAGGUUUAGAACUUUAUUGGUUACAGUUUAAUGAGAAUUAUGUUGAUUAUCUAAAUUGAUCGAAAGAUUCAAGGACAAUUUUUUUUUUUUUUUCAUUUUCUUUCCGUAAAGACACUAUGCAGCUCUGUUUUAUCGUUGUUAUUUUUUUUUUUAUUUCCCUCUCCCUCUGUCUCGCUAUUGGAAUGGACAUGCUCUCUGAUUCUUUGCCCAUAACAAAUACUUGCUUUUCAAUGUUCGUAGGUAUUUGAAAUGUUCUAAUUGGAUGAGACAAAGUUAACGUCCUCUCAAGUAUUGUAUCCAGUCGCCAUCUUUGAUGCAAAAUAUCUCGAAAAGGAAUCAAGGACUUUAUUGCAAAUUUAGCCAGACUCUGUCCCACUUCAGUGAUCGUAAAAGCGUUUAUGAAUGCAAUUGUUGCACAAAUUUUCUUCUCGUGCUCCCAGUUAGAUUAUUUCAUGGAAAUAUAUUCGCAGUUUGGGAUGAAUUUCAUUUAUUUGAUUUACUUUAUUUUCAAUAAAAAGUUGUGGGCUGACAACGAUGAUAUGAGAUUGACUGGCUAGUGGUUAGUGGUCAUCUGUUCAGAUUUAGAUGGAAAUGUUUAUCACACGAUUUUGUCACAGUUUAGUCCAUUUACUUCAGCUGUGGUCCAUUUGACGUAGUUUUCUGAGUUAGAUUAAUAGUAUUCUUUCACUAGUCGGCAACAGUUCACUUAGCCUAGGUCACACAAGCCGUUUGACUUCCCACUCAAACGCCUUGGAGCGUUCUAUUUAAAAUUAUUACACCGCGAGGGGGCGCUAUCGAAAAACGGAAAGCGACACCGAAGAAAACAAAGACCACAACUGUUGUUCCAAAUGUCAGUUUAUGUGUCGCUUGUUCUAAAGAAAGCAAACGUUGAGUUUUUGGAAGUUCGAAACUUGGUCCUUCAUUAGAGAAACCAGUGACGAUAUGACCAGAAUUAUGCUGACUUUACGAGAACUAGUAUUACUAUGCAGGUCUUCUUCAAACAUUAAUUGCGGUAGAAUCGUAUACAAUAGCGAUUUCCCAUAGCCUGUUGGUAAUACUGCCAACACGUCUGACCUAUUUGCUAAUUUAUGUAAACACUCUUUCUGUAAAGGUUUCAGUGAGAAUUCGAUUUUUAAAUCUGAUAAAACUUUGUUUAUCUUCUGUUCGACUGCAUCCGUCAUCGUUAUGCAUUGAUCAACCAAUCAGCUGCUUUAUCAGAAUUCGGAUAAGCCUCGUUAUGGAGUGUAAAUGUUUAUCGUAGAAUGCUCCUAGACGUUUGUCUCGUAGAACACUGCAUUGACAAACGUGUAGGUGACCUAGACUACAGUUCACUUGAUCAUUUUGACGACCGUAUCAGUAGUGUCACGUGAUGUACCGUACUCUACAACAACAUAAACAUGUCCCACAAGUGUGCAGCUAGAUGCCAUUUGUUUAUUCAGCGGUGUAUGUAUUCUUUAUGUAAGCAUUGGUUGGAUGAAUUUGUGAAAUAAGCAGGGGCAGAUCUAGAAUGUUUCACAGGGGAAGGGCAGGGUCAGAUUUGGAAUGUUUAACAGGGGAAGGGGGUCAAUUAAGCCAGACAUUUUUGUAAAAAAAAAACAAAAAACCGACCGCGGUAAACUCCUGCGAUAGUACGUGAAAUGCAUCUAUGUUCGUUCUAAUUAUCUGGCUGUAAUACAUCACUUGUACUGGUGUGCACAAAGGCCUAGGAAUAAGUGUACUACAUUUGCCAUAUAGUGCACGCUGUUUUAAAGGCGACAAAAACCUGGAUUUUUUUUUUUAUAAUUAUUGUUCAGUCAGCUUCACAUUGAUGAUUUGUGUACAUUCGAUAAAUAUUUGCAUAUGUUUUAAUAUUGAAAAGCAACUGUAUAGGAUCCCCUUGGAUCCACUCAUACUUUGCUUGGGUUUAGUGUAUGUUAAGGGACAAGUUUAAGUAAAUCUUGUCGAUAAAUAUCGUGGUAAACAGACCCAUUUGAGAAAUUAAAAAUAGUGUCAAUAAUCACCACAAGUUAGAAUAAGAAUUGUAUAUUUUGUUUUAUAUGUAUUAUAUUUGAGAGUGAACAAUUGUAUAAAUUACAUUUAUAUAUGAAUCAUCAUGCAGCAUAUUAAUACAAUGAUUUUAUGUAAGAUUGGAAUUGUGAUUCAUUUUUGCUGAAAGUUUAUUCUACUACACACUGCCAGUUUCUCUCUUUCUUUCUUCCUUUUUGGUUUUAAAAAAAAAUGUUUUAUUUUGAAUCUGUUUGUUUUGUUUUUAUUUUUGUUUUUAGAUAUUUAACCGAUUAUGAAUUGUACAUUUUAAGGUGCUCGAAAUACUUUUUAGUGCAUGCAUAUAUUCAUUGAAAAUAUUUAUUAUAUUUAGGCCCUAUGAGAUGUCAUUAUUAAUAAAAUCAAACAUGUAA